UUUUAAUGACAAAAAGAGGAACUUGAACAGUAACACAACUUUCUGCUGCUAACCAUAAUUCAUAUAUUAUUGUGUAAUUGACAGUUUAAGCUUAGUUGUGAUCCUCAGGGAGAGAGUCCAUUAAUGGCGACUCAAAGCACUUGCCAUGGCCAUGCCCAACUAGUUGUGUUGUUUGUGAUCUUCUUCACCUACAGUUCCAUAUGUUGCUUCAUUGAAGUCGAAUCACAUCAUUUACCUGAAAAUCAUGCUGCUUUCUUCAUAUUUGGGGACUCUUUCUUGGAUGCUGGCAACAAUAAUUACAUCAACACAACAACUCUUGACCAAGCUAACUUCUGGCCUUACGGCGAAACUCACUUCCUAUUCCCCACUGGAAGAUUUUCCGACGGUCGUUUGGUGUCUGACUUUCUAGCUGAAUUCGCCAAGCUGCCAUUGAUCCCACCUUUUCUUCAACCGGGUUUUUGUCAAUAUCAUAAUGGAGUGAACUUUGCUUCUGCUGGAGCAGGUGCUUUAUCUGAGACUUUUCAUGGGUCGGUGAUCGAGCUCAAAACACAAAUAAAGUACUUUAAGGAGGUUGUGGAGACAUGGUUUACACGAAAGUUGGGCAAAGCUGAAGGUGGGUUGGUACUGUCAAAAGCCGUGUAUUUGUUCGGUAUUGGCACCAACGAUUACAUGAGUCUCUUCUUAACAAAUUCCCCAUUUCUCAAAUCCCACUCAAAAUCUCAAUAUGUUGAGUUGGUGAUUGGUAACUUGACAACUUCCAUCGAACAUGUAUACGACAGCGGCGGCAGGAAAUUCGGGUUCAUGAACUUGCCGCCGAUGGGCUGCAGUCCAGGACUGAGAGUAGUGAGAGGAGAUGAAGAUGGCAGGUGUUUGGAAGAGUUGGCUGAGUAUGCAAAUAUACACAACCAGAGAUUGGUGAAGCUUCUUGAAGACUUGGAGAAGCAGCUAAAGGGAUUCAAAUAUUCACUCUAUGACUUCAGCAGCAGCUUGAGACAGAGAAUGGAGAAUCCAUUGAAAUAUGGGUUGAGGGAAGGGAAGGAGGCAUGCUGUGGGACAGGGAGAUAUCGAGGAGUGUUCAGCUGCGGAGGAAGAAGAGGAGUAAAGGAGUUUCAAGUGUGUUGGAAUCCAAAUGAGCAUGUUUUUUGGGAUUCUUACCAUCUCACUGAAAACCUCCACAAACAGCUUGCUGAUGAAAUGUGGAGUGGUUCAUCCAAUUCCCAUUCUUCCCUCAAGAAACUCUUUCAAACCAUUUGAGAUUGAGAUCGAGCCAUACUUGAGUACAUCACAAAAGCAA